AUGUCUUAUAAAAUUUCAUUAGUAGGUCUGGAGGGUAGUGGAAAAACCACAUUGGCUAAAGUUUUGAAUGACCAGCACUAAAUCAACAAUAUGCCAUUGGAAGUCAAUGAAGAUAUGCCAAAUUCAGAUGUGAUGAUCUUCUGUUUGGAUGGAAGCAACAUGCAACAGUUGCAUCAUAACAAAGCAGCAUUAGAGUAAAUUAAUGGCAAGGAAUAAUUAAUUAUCUUGCAAACAAAAGCAGACAUUCAAACUAUUGAGGAAGGAGAAUUAAGAAACUUUUUGGGUGUUGGAGAGGUGCCAAUCUUGCCAAUUUCGGCUUAAAAUGGGGAUGGAUUGUCUCAAUUAAUUAAUUUGUUAAGUUAGCAGAUAUAACCAACACAAUAGAACUUUUCAGCUGAACCAAGAGUAGUGCCAAGCAGAGGAAAGUAUAGAAUAAACGAGUAAAAUCAAAUAUCAAAACCAAUGCAGACUUUUCAAAAUUUAAUGAAGGAUCACAAAAUUAAGCAACGCACUCCAAUGGAAUAGGAGUAAGAAUAUAUACGUUUAGAGAAGGAGCGUAUAAAAGUAGAAAAUAUGUCAGCUUAAUUGAAUAAUUUCAAGAGGAAACUAAAAAAAGAAGACACAUAUGAUAUCAAAGCAACAGCCAAUCCAAGAAUAUAGGUGAAUUUAGAAUUCUUCCUAACAGACACUCUAGCUCAGUGUGAGUAAUAAAAGAGUACUUUAUCCACUUAAACUGAUAAAUUGCAAAAGAAACCUGAAGACCCUCCCUUCAUUCCAAAAAAAACAGGAAUUGAUGCUGCAACUUAAGUAGAAGAUUAUGAGCUAUUUGAUUUUGAUAGAGAAGUAACUCCUAUUUUGAAUGUGAUAUGCACAAAGACUUUAGAAUAAGCAAGUUUAGAAAUAGAAUAGGAAGAAGAGUUUAUGGCUAUGGCUAGAUUUAAAGAGGCCUUUGAGAAUAGAAGAGUUAAUGAGAAAAAUAAAUAGUAGGUGACAGUGGAGAGAGAGAAAUAAUUGAUUGACCAGAAGUCUGAAGUGUUGAAAAGAUACUCUCAGAAAUAAGAAAGAAUACAAAAAGUCAUUUUUAAAGCAUAAGCUCAUGCUAUUGCCUAAGCAUACUUAAAACCAUUAUAAGGAUAGAUAAUGUAAUAGGUAAUUACAAGUGGGUUUUAUCCAAAUGAAUUUAUGAAUCAAUUGCAAACCAAAUUCAUGGAUUAUUUAGUUGGGAAAACUCAAGAGGAAGUAAUCAAACUUGUUGAUCUUAAUAAUACUAUGAAAACUGCAUUUAAUGUUUCUAAUUUUGAACAAAUUCCCAAAGUGAGAAAACCGUACGAUCAAUAAAUACAAAAGAAGAAGAAUAGAUAGGCUUUAAGAAUGAUUAAUUACUCAAAUCAAAGAGCCAUCCGUGUCUUUUAUCAGGAUUUAGUUCCUCUUUAGAGUGUAAUCGCUAUGACUUUGCCUAAAUACUUAGAUGGGUCAUUUGAAGAAUGGAAAAAGACUUAUGAUUAGAGAGUUGCUGAAUUAGAGUAGAAGGCAGAGAGUAAUGAAAUAAACGAGGAGGACUUUGCAAAUUAAAAAAGAACUGAAUAUCCUGAUUUGUAAGAGGGAUACUUUGGAACAUCCAUUAACAAUUUUACUAGAUUCGCUUUUUCAAUGGCACAUGAUUAGUAUUACUUAACAAGCGAUAAACGAUUAUAGAUAGUAGCAUAUGUUCUAAGAAAGGAUGGAACAUAUGAAAUUGUUAAUCAGGAAUCCAAAAAUUAUGGAAAAGUAUUUAAAUGGAAACAAUUUAGAUUACCAAUCAAAUAAACUGAUGAUGAGGCUUUGAUAUUAAGAUUACAAGAAAUAGAUUCUGAUAUAAUUGCAAUAGUUUUUGGAUUGCUAUUGCCUAAUUUAUAAAAUAAUAUUAAGGCUUUAGAAUGGGUGCAAAAUGCUAGAUUUGGUUUGUAUGAUGCACAAUAUUGUAUUCCAUUUGCUCAAACCAAUGUAAAUAAGGCAUUUAAGCUAGAAGAACUUGUUAAAUAAAUUGAUGAUCCAGAAUUGGCUGAAUCUCCUUAAACUGUGUUCAUGAGUUGCUUCACAUUGAUGAAGCGUUUUAAAUAAUUUGGUGGAUGGUACAUUGAAAAUACUUAAGCUGCCACUAAAGGUAUGCUUACUUAGGAAAUUGAACCCUUUUAUGAGAAGCUUUCACAAUUUCUUAUUGAGAUGCACGAGUUCACUCUUGAAAGAGAUAGAGAUAUUAUUUAAACCAUUUAGGACAAGGAGAAAGAAAAAGAUGCCAUAUUAACCAAUCAAGAAUUAUAAAUGAUAAUCACCAAAUCAAAAAUACCGUAAUCAAAAAAAAUGCCUACAGAGCCUAAUGCUACUGAUUCUGCUCUACCAUCAUCGAGACCACUUGAAGAACCUUCUGAUUACACUAAAUCCUAAUUCAACUCCACGAUUAUCGAACCAGUAAUAUUGGAUAUGAGUGAUUCCUUUGAAACUGUGGAAUCGUAAUUGAUAAACCAUCUUACUAAUGUUGCUUAAAGGUUGGUUAACAGUUGCACUUGGGGAUUUGAGUUGAAAGCUAGAGGCAAUUCAUUCCUCAGAGAGAAAUAAUUAAUUAGAUUAAGGAAUGUAGGUGAUAUGACGAUUGUAAGAAAGCCAGAACCUCCUAAGGAAGAAGUACCAGUUCAAUAAGAAGAGAACAAGGAUAAUGAUGAUAAUGAUAAUGAUUCCUGA